UUUGUAUGUUUGGGGGUGGUGGUUCAUGGAUGCAGCUGCCAACCCCAUACUACACUGCUUUGCUUUACACAACAAGUACAGUGAUACUAGUGUUGCAGUGUUUAUAUUAUGACUACUUCUAUAAAUGUUGGAGAAACAAAGAAAAAGAACCAAUCCAAGAGGUUGAAGAAGUGAAAAAACCUCUGAAACCUCCAAAGCCAGAUGCUACUACUAUCCCAAUUCCUAGUGGCACCGCUGAAGUAACACCAGAGAAAGAUGUCUAUUACUACGCGUCAGCAAGAUCGUUGGCAGGCAGCACACCUCCACAUUUUCGGUCUUAUCUUGGGCCAGGUAGAAGUGGUACUUCUUCCGUGGGGAUCAAAAAUGACUUGUCUUCAGAUGAUGAGGGAAAUCAAAGUCCAUCCAAGAAAUAUGUUAGCCAAUCUAAGCCAAUCCCGCGAUCUGUAGGCUACAGUGCAUUUUUAGCUACAUCCAUCAACUUGCCGCGAGGAACUCGGGCUUUGAUGCAAGUAUAUGUGGGAUUGACCUGGAGAAAAUUAUUACAAGAACACGGGACAGAAAACGUGUAUGGCCAGUGCUUGGGAUGGAUAAUGGCUGCCAUAUACAUGAGUGGUCGACUACCUCAAAUAUGGUUAAAUAUUAAAAGAGGGAGUGUUCAGGGAUUGAAUCCUCUGAUGUUUAUCUUUGCACUUCUUGCCAAUGCUACCUAUGUGGCUAGCAUUCUUGUAAGAUCAAUUGCUUGGGAAAAAAUUGAAGCCAACAUGCCCUGGUUGCUGGAUGCUUUUGGCUGUGUGUUGCUCGAUUUAUUCGUAUCCUUUUCCAUAGUACUUUGACAUUUAGUAUAAGAUAGAACAACAAUAUCCUUUCUCGAAGUCUAAAUAAUCGAAGAAAAACAAAGUAGGAACUAGACCUUAACAAUGUAAUAAUAGAUCAUAUUGCAGUAAGUGUACUACAGAUAUUUUUGCAGGAAAACUUGCAGCAAUGAAGAAGAAGACUAUGGUGACUACAUUGAAACAAACAAGGGAUAAAUACAUGUUUUGUUUCUCAAAACGAAGUCUUCAUACUCUCUGAUUGCAAAAUUCCUCGAGGAUCGAAUUUUUUUUCCUUUUUCUCCAAUUUUCAUUGCAAUGUUUGAGAGUGUUACAAACUUCUUACUCAUUAAUAAUAUUAUUGGCAAUGGAGAAUUCUUGGAGCUUCAAAAAAUACAUGUUAUGAUGCAUUUCCCAUAAGCCCAUAACAUGAGUUGGACUUGCACCAAAAUUGAUUUUUUAGGAUGGGGAAUGGAUCAAGAUUUGAAUUCAACGGCCCAUAUAUGGAUCCGGUAAAAGUGAGCCCAAAAUGUCUUCUUGGAUAAUGCCCGUGUAUACUUUUUGGGCUACACCUUCACUUGAUCCAAGUAUAUGGGCCUUCGAAAUC